AUGGAUCAUCUUGAACAAGAGAACCACAAGCUUCGUGAAGAGGUGACGACCCUCCGGGCCGAGAAUGAGAUUUUGAGGAACUUAGUAUCUUUGAUGACGGUUGCACAAAGACAACCAUUAUCUCAUCCUAUUGUUAGCACUCAAGCCCACACGGUUGCUUCCACUACCCCGAUUUCAACAGUGUUUGCUAGUACUCCUCAACAUGCUAUGGUGAAAGCUGAAUUGGAAGAAAAGUUUGACAGAAUACAGUUUGAAUUGAAAGCUCUUUGUGCGAAAGAACUGUUUGGGAAAAAUGCUUAUGAUCUUUGCUUGGUUCCAAAUGUUGUGAUACCACCCAAAUUCAAGGUCCCUGAUUUUGAGAAGUACAAAGGGAACACUUGCCCUGAGCUUCAUUUGGUAAUGUAUGUAAGAAAGAUGUCUGCUCAAGUAGGUAAUGAUGAGCUCCUUAUCCACUGUUUCCAAGAUAGUUUGACUGGUGCCGCACUGAUAUGGUAUAUGGGUCUAAACAAGGUUGAUGUCAAAACUUUCAAUGAUUUGUGUGAGGCUUUCGUCCAACGAUUUAACUACAACUUGCACUUGACCAUGAAUGAUAAUGAAUCCUUCAAAGCUUAUGCCCAACGGUGGAGAGAUGUGGCUGCACAGGUCCGUCCACCUCUAGAAGAGAAAGAGUUUACCGAAAUUUUCCUGGAGACUUUGGAUCAGUCCUAUUAUGAGCAUAUGCUUGCAAGUGCAUCCGGCAGCUUCGCAAAGAUGAUGACCGUCGGCAUGCGUGUUGAAGAAUGGGUCCGAAAGAGACGUUUGGUGAAAGAAAGUGUUCCCGCUGAUGAUUCCGAGUACGAAGAUCAGGAAAUGAGUGUGAUAGAAAGUCAACCUCAACAACAGUAUCUGGCUUAUCACCCUGCUGCCGCUGUUAUGCCUAUCACAAAUGUUGUUCAAAACUCGAGUUAUCAACCUCAGUUUCAACCAUAUCAACAACAGUAUCAGCAAAAACCUCGACAACAGGCUCCAAGAACUAAAUUUGAUCCAAUUCCAAUGAAAUAUGCGGAGUUGUUUCCUGAUUUUCUUAAGAGGAACCUCGUCCAAACUAAACCACCUCCUCCAAUGCCUAAAAAAUUGCCUGCACGGUUUAGAGCCGAUCUCUCAUUUGUCUUCCAUCAAGGGGCACUAGGUCAUGACAUUGAGCGUUGUUACGCUUUCAAGAAUGCAGUCCAAGAUUUAUUUGAAGCUGGUCUCCUACCUUUCUAA